CUUUUUUGGAGGAUAUUUUUGCCGAAGUUUCGGCCAUUUUUUUGGAAGUUUAAUAAUGUAGGGUAAAGAGGGAAGUUUAAUCGUCAUGGCGUUUCUGCCUUCUUCUUCGGGCUCCCAAAGACACUACUACAUCUCUAUUACCCCUCCAAUUCCUUCGAUCGGAAACGAACCAAGUCCGCGUCAUUCACAUUACUCUCCUCCGUGCAGCAGCGACUGAACUAUGGAGGUCCACUUGAUUUUCCAAAGCAAUCCGGGUUGAAUGUGUACGCCAAAUCGAGCGCAACGUCAGAAACAACGCUUCGAUCUUCUGCCACGACCUCCAUUGGUUUGUUGCUCUGUUGCACACCAACUGUUUGUCGAAAUUCCUGAGUAGCUUCAUUCUGGGAAACCCCAUUUUGUGUUGCUCUUUAUGGGUCCCAGUUUUCACUAACGGACCUUUGUUUUGAUCACUUUGAAGCAUUGUCCCGUGAUAUCUUUCUUUCCUUUAUUUUUGGGUCUUUACGUCUUUGGAGGGUCCUGCAGGAGAACAACUAUGGCGGGCGAUGAUAUCUCCAUGGAAAGUAGCGAGCUGAAACGUCAAAAGAUGGACAGAGAUGACCGACGUGAUGUGAUUAGUAAUCUGCCAGACUCGGUGCUCCUCCAUAUCCUGUCUUUCCUGCCCACGAGGGACGCCGUUAGGACAGUGAUGGUCCCGAGAUUCCGUUACCUCUGGACUUCCACCCGCCACUUAUCUUUCGAUCACUGUGCUUACCACAACUGCAAGGAGAAGGCCGCUGCUUUUAGAAUCGAUGAGAGAUUCGUGAAUUUUACCGACCAUGUGCUGACUCUGCACGAGAACCCCACAAUCGAUUCGUUCCGUCUUAAUUUAAACUAUUGGGCUGAGGUGUACCCGGAUAACAAUGAUCCUCAAUGGGAGGAUGGUAUAACUGAAGAGACAAGAAGGUCGAACAAAAUCGGUACGUGGAUUUGUUUUGCAGUGAGGAGAAAGGUUCAGUUCCUCGAUUUGAACUUCUUAGGGUGUGCUGGGGAGUCCCCAGAUAAUCUUUACGUGCUGCCCAGCAUUGUUCUUAGGUGUAGCUGCUUAGUAGAGCUGAAGCUGGCUUCCUGUGAGGUCUGGCUGGUGGGAGAGGUCCAACUAAGGUCGCUUAGAAAAUUGUUUAUGAAGCAAAUUGACUUAACUGACAACAAAAUGGCUGGCAUACUAUCUGGUUGCCCGUUGCUGAAAGAAUUGUCUCUUGAAGACUGCUAUGGCCUCCAUGAGCCUGAAUUCUGUAGUGCCCCAUCUAUUGAAGUUUUAAAUUUGGAGGAUUGCGGGUUGAAAAAGCUUGAUCUUACACGAUCAGAUAUCAAACAUUUAAACAUUGAUAUCAGUGGGCAUCUGGAGUUAGUUUGUCCUAAUGUGAAGAUUCUGGAUAUUGCUGGGCGUAUAGAGUAUGUCAAGGUGACUGAUAUGUCAUCACUGGUUGAUACGUCCCUCUGCUUCAGUCAUUAUCUUAGAUAUUCGUCCGGGAAAUAUCGUGAGUUCAGACUGCUUCUGGAAAGGCUCAGCUGCAGUCCUUAUUUUAUGCCAUGCGAUUUGUGCAUACUGGUAUUAACUAUAUGGGAGCUGACACAUCAGCCACGCCCAUCUUUUGCCUGGAAGCAUGUGACACUUCAACUGCAUCUUGAAAAGCGGUACCUCCCCGGCAUUUCUAGCUUGUUGAGGAACUCUCAUUUUCUUGAGACACUCACUAUCCAUGUUUAUCCAGGAAGAGAUGAAGAUGACUCAGAGCUUGCUGAAGCAGGGUGGAAUCUUGCAUUUGAUUACAAUGGCUUUAGUUACUGGAGUUCAGUGGACGGCACAUUUCCCUGCCUCGAGCACCAACUUAAGCAUGUUAAAGUAUAUGGUUAUGUACUGGAGUCUGAUGUCAUUGAGCUCAUUGAAUUUCUACUUAAGAAUGCACAGGUCCUGGAGAAAAUGGAGAUUUCUACCAAGAAGACUCUGCAGCGAACACGUGGCAAGUACAUGUUUUCCAGAGACAUUGGUCAUCCGUCAAAGGAUUAUUGUACAUCGGAUGCGCUGCUAGACUUUUCACAAAAGUUGUUAAGUUUCCCAAGGGCCUCAACUCGUGCAGUAAUACACUUGGGUUAGAUACUGGUAUUGGAAUUGUGUUCGCCCCUCUUUUGGACACCCUUGAUGUUUCUAUGUCAGGCAUGUCUCACAUCUGAUAGACUUUACAGAAGUAGUUGGCCUUUAUGAUGUAUUCGCUUUUUUACCUCAGGUCUAGCAACAUCCCCGACUCUGUACAGGCAGCUUUAUGAAUAUUUUGAUAGUGGAUGUGUCUUUUUUUGUCAAUGUAAGUUAUUCUUGACAGCCUUUCUUUUCAAAUUCCCAGCUUUUGCUAAUAGUUUG